AGAAGCAGUGACUUCAGAGAAAAGGAGCCGUCUUCGUCUUUUCCUCCGGAGCCGUACCGCAGAACAGGAAAUGUCACUCCUGCUGGACAUUUGCAACCAACAGUUAGAUCUUGGAGUGGAGAGGCACCAUCAGACGCUAUCGUUCGUCCCAAUCAUCCGCCAGUCAGCGAUCCUCGUCUUUCAGUGACUUCUGAUCCACGUGUCCCUCAUGUCAGCGACCCUCGUCUCGCUUUGCCCGGCGAUCCUCGCUUUCCAUCUGCCGAAGGUUUAUCAAAGCGAACAGCUCCUGUUAAAGAUAUCGCAGCAAAAGAAUCCGUCGCGAAUGUGACUGUCACUGGUACGCCGCCUUCACGAGCUGCUGAGCGUCGCGUGCCAGGUCCCGAAUAUCAAACCCGCUUCUGCGCAGCUGGGGAGCUGGAAGCCGUUAACGAUGGUAGCUCCGACCAGAAGUUCACAGUAUGUACCUCUGCACAGUUUUGCUCCAGCUGGGGUCCCGACUUCCAGUACUUCCAUGAAUUCCAUCGAAGCAAUGCAGAACGUGAACUUUCAAGAGCGGUGAAGGAAGUCAAGAAACCGGAAAUUCGCGAUUUAUCCAUCACUUUGAAUGAAGAUGAAGAUGAUGCAACAGCAUUUGUGGCAGCAGCUGACGAAUUAGCAGAACUGACAAAAGGUUUUGAUGUGGAUGAAAGAGAUUCACGACUGAGCCUGAGUGAAGCUGUAAGGGGAUGCAGUUCAGUCACGUCGAGAAAGGCGGAGGACAGUAAUGAGGCCUCAUCUUUGCAGAAGAGUGCAGUGGAACCUGAAGUAGCACCAGAAUUGACAAGUCAAAUCUCGGGAUUGGGUUUCGUGAUUGUGCCGGUUCAUCGGGAUUAUCUUGGCUUACUUUUUUCCGAUGACAUAUACGAGGGAGGAUUGCCUGGUUUACAACAGGAAUGUGUUCCUUCCAAUGUGCGGUUGCUGAUGGUGCUUCGAAGGAAGAAUGCGACGCUGGUGGUGGUUGGUGAUAUCGGGCGAAGUCCACGUAUGUGCUAUCACGCGAAAUCAUUGGCCGAUAAAAAUUAUCACGUACAGAUUGUUGGUUACGCCGAUUCGGUGAUGCAUCCAGUCAUUGAGCAGCAUCCUCUGAUCAGGUACUACUCGAUGUUGUGA